GUUUCUGUUCACUCGAAGGGGUGUGUGUUCUUCUGUCACCUCAUCUCGUCAGAGAGAGAAGACGAAAGGAGAGGUUUUGGUCGAAACGGGAGAUGUUUCUGUGGUGUCAUUCAUAAAAUCAGCCUACACCUACGCGCGCUCUAUUGGCAUCCUCUGUCGAGUCCGUGCGCGGUGGAGAAUAGCGAUCCACCACGCGGGCAGUUUGUGACAGAGAUGGGAGAGGUGUGUCAUUUCGUUACCAGGCUAUGACACUGACACAGCGCCCAGGAUGGAUCUAACCACCCGGAAAAUUAUGUUUCUGAUCGGCCUCAGCUGCCUCUGGCUCCAAGUGCUUUCCGAGGUGAUAGCUGAUGACAGUUAUUUAAACGAGGUACAAAACACAGCCCCUCUCUCCUGUUCGGAGGGUUUUACAGAGCUGGGUUACUAUAAUGGCUCCGUGUCUCAGACCGACUCUGGCGCCCCCUGCUUGCAGUGGGCAGAGUUUCCAGACUACAUGCUGCAGUACCCUGGUCGAGGCCUGGGGGAGCACAGCUACUGCCGGAACCCUGACAGAGAGUCCAAUCCCUGGUGCUUUUUCAGACAGACCUCUGGGGCCAUCGGCUGGGCCUACUGCGACUGCCACCAGGGUGCAGCUCGGCUGGUGGGCGGGACAUCGUCAGAAAGUGGACGUGUGGAGGUGUAUCUGAAUGGCCAGUGGGGGGCGGUGUGUGACUCUCAUUGGACAGACAGAGAUGCAAGUGUGAUCUGCAGACAGCUGGGGCUGGGUGAGAUCGGUACUGCGUUGCAGCACUCCAGGUUCGGCUCGGGCACCGGCCUUUGCCAUUACGAGCGGCUGGGUUGCCGUGGUGAUGAGAGCUCCGUCAGCCAAUGCCAGAGCAGGACAUUUGUUACGGGGGACUGUAGCCACGGAAACGAGGCGGGAGUUGUGUGUGCUCCACCAGAAGGCAGUGGUCCUCCUCUACGAUUGGUUGGAGGAGAAGAAGACUUUGAGGGGCGUGUGGAGGUUUUCCACGGCGGUAGGUGGGGCUCUGUCUGCGAUGACCAAUGGGACGACAGAGAUGCAGAGGUGGUCUGUCGACAGCUGGGCUUCGGGGGUGUGGCGAAGGCCUGGUCGUGGGCCCACUUCGGACAGGGCUCAGGUCCCAUCCUAUUGGACGCUGUGAGGUGUACAGGAAAUGAACUCUUCCUGGACCAGUGUCUUCAUGGAGACUGGGAACAACACAACUGUGACCAUAUGGAAGACGCGGGGGUGUCCUGCAGUCCCUACACAGACGGUGUGGUGCGGUUGGUAGGAGGAGACGGUCCAUGGGAGGGUCGUGUUGAAGUGUUCCACUCUGGGGACUGGGGUACUGUGUGUGACAACCACUGGACUCAACAACACACACAGGUGGUCUGUCGACAGCUCGGAUACAGGGGAUAUGCUGAGGUGGUGACUGACGGAACAUUCGGCGAGGGUUCUGGAAUCAUCCUAUUGGACGAUGUGCGUUGUGAGGGGACGGAGUCAUCCCUGCUGGACUGUCGCCAUGGCAUCUGGGGCCGUAGCGACUGUUCCCAUGGAGAGGAUGUGGGCGUGCGAUGCAGGGCCAGAGCUAAAGAGGAAGAGACCAAUGAGGUGCCGGCUGUUGCACCUGCCACAGGUCCUCUGGUGCGUCUGGUAGGGGGCGGCAGCCAUAAGGAAGGUCGUGCGGAGGUUUAUCUCCAUGGAGACUGGGGGAGUAUCUGUGACUCGGGCUGGAAUGACCUGAACGCUGCUGUGGUCUGCAGACAGCUGGGCCACAGUGGUCAUGCGGUAGCAGCGGGUGGGUUCGGUCGGGGGAAGGGUCCUGUCCACCUGGACCAGGUGAGGUGUACGGGGAAGGAGGACUUCCUGGGGGAGUGUCCGUCUCUGGGCCGGGGCCGUGACGGCUGCAGACGGAGAGAGGAUGCAGGGGUGAGCUGUGACCACGCCCCCCGGGCAACAGAGGGCCAGGCCGGGCCAAGUGAGCACACCUGUGGAGUGAGGAAGAUUUGGGAGGAAGGGAACGAGAGGAAGAGUGGAGGAGGAGGAGAGAAUAUACUCCGGACAUCAUGGCCAUGGCAGGUGUCAGUGUGGUUGGGUUCUGAGGGUAAAGAUGGCCAUCCUAUCUGUAGUGGUACUUUGAUCUCUCCGUGCUGGGCCCUGGCCUCCGCUCACUGCUUCACCAGGUUUGGUAUUGGCCCGUCUCAGUAUGUGGUGCGUGUGGGGGGUUCUGACCGAAUUCUGACCCCGGAGCGAGUGGUGGUCCACAGAAAGUUCAGGGCAGAUCAGGGCCCUGGGGGUCAUGACCUGGCCCUGCUGAGGCUGCCCAGCCCCAAGGAUCACUGUUUGACCUUUGCUCACCACACCAACGCCGCCUGCCUCCCCACCACAGACACUACAAGGGGCAAGACCCCCUCCUCCUGCAUUGCCGCGGUUACCGCAGGCUGGGACGGCCCAGAUGCUGUGCUCCAGUCCUGGGUACCCCUCCUGACGUCAUGGCAGUGUAAGAAGCAUUAUGGCGAUGGUUACUCCUCCCAUGGCACGCUGUGCGCCGGCAGCCCCCCUGACACACGCCGGCUCCACGGGAACAAUGGUUGCCAGGGCAACUGGGGCGGUGGGCUGGUGUGCCAGGGGAAGGGAGGGCGAUGGGUUUUGACCGGGAUCGUCUCCGGGGGUUAUGGUUGCAGUGACCCCUCAACCCCCGCCCUCUACACACGGGUCGGACGGUUCCAGGGCUGGAUCGAGGAGGUCACACACACACAGGAGCGGAACAUACUCACACACGAUCAUGACGAGUUGAAACAAACACACUGAUGAUGAAUUCAUACACACACACAAUCAGCACAACAAUAUACACACACACACACGAUCACAAUGGGCACACACAAAAUAAGCAUACACACACUCACAAUAAACACACACACACACGCUCGUCUGAACCAGGACACGCCAUUGGCUCACCGGCCGUGUCAUGCGACUGUCAGAGGAAGAGGAGGAAGGAUAGAUGAUGGAGGAACAGGAGGAGGACAUGUUGGAAAAGGAGGGAGAGAAAGAGGAAAGAUACAACAAGAGAAGAGAAAGAAGAGAUCCUCCUCUCCCCCUCUGCCCCCUGACCCAGACCAUGCAAACUUGUGUAUGUGCAUGUGUAUGUGUGUGUAUUACGCUAGCUGUGGGGUGUGUGCAUGCAUGUAUGGGUGGCAGAGCUGUAUGUAUCAUCUGUGUGUGGGAUGGGAGGUGCUGUAGUGAUAAUGUGUAGCCAGACAUGUGUUAGGUAGUAUUUUCUCUGACAGUGGGGUUGGGUUUCUUGUGAUGCCCUAUUUGAAUGUGACGUCUGUCCAGAAUGAUCUGUUAUUCCUUAACCAGUGGUAAAAAAAAUAUGUAAGCUGUUGUUCAAAAGCUGUUCUCGAAUAUCUAAUACUGACAUUUGUAUUCCUGAAAAUGCGAUCUACUCUACCUUGGACGGGACUUUCUCUUCUUUCAAAUGUGAACUGGACAGCUCUUCCCUCUCAUUUCAAAUAAACUGGACUCUUUUGGCUGCGGCAGUUAGCCUUGAGGUGUAGGCCACUAACCUGAGGAUGUUGGUGUCAGUUUCCAGCAACCAUCUGCUGUUGUGCCCUACAGCAAGACACUCUACUGCUCCAACAAAUUGCUCCAGGGAUUCUGCACCGUGGCAUACCCUGUCAACGGCAUUGCAACGUCACAAAAAAAGACAAUAAAAUGAUAUUCUAUGCUACUCUAUUUUUCUCACUCCUGUCAAAGCCAUGGAAAGCCAAGGGAUGGAUCAUAUUUAUCUUUUUCUACUGAUCUCCCUGAAUGGCUCUAGUAGUUAACAUUGUGUGUAAAUACUUUUGAUUGUUCAUGUGUUGCAUUCAUUAACGUCUGAUUGCCAAACAGCUAGACUUCCUGUAGUUGAAUAUUCCUCUCACUUUUCUCUGACCUCAGUAGUAGAUGGUGAUGUUGUCAUAUAUUCAGAGGCAACAUUUAUCAUCAGCUUGAGUGAGAAGUUGCCCCUAACCUGAGAUCUAGGAUCAGAUUAGCCAACUCCAAAUGGUAUGAUGUAUUUGAUACCAUUCCACUUAUUCCGCUCCAACCAUUACCACGAGCCCGUCCUCCCCAAUUAAGGUGCCACCAACCUCCUGUGGGGAGGAUACAAAAAGAUCUGACCCAGGACCAGUGGUUAGGGGAAACUUCUACCAGCUCCAUAUACAAUAUGGCCCUGAUGAUCGUUUUUUUGUUUCUAACUUGUGCUCAAUCGUGUGCUGUGCCCUGGUGUUGUGAAGCAUCUUGUAUUCCAUAACUAAUUGUUUCUCUCAAACAGGAAAUGCUUCUAUUACUUUUUAAAAAUCCUAUCUAUCCAGUAACAUGAUGUGGUUUCUACUGUAUAAUCAUUAAAUUAAACUCCUCCUUGUGACUUGAUGUUUGAGUAAAACUGUCCAGAGAGUCAUACUAAGGCCUCUAUUAAAUCUGUAUCGCGGAAGUUCAGCGUUACAGCGUGAUUGAAAUGUAAAGGCAAUAUUCCCGCGUUAGUGGGAACUGCAUUCAUGGUAAACGCUGCAUAUGUCGGCUCAAUCGGACAUUAACUUUACAUUUCUACUGUAACUCUUCAGCGAUGCAGAUUGAUUAGAGUCCUAAAUCAAUGUAAAUAUUUCCAUAGCUGGACAUAUUCCACCAAACUCACAUUGUAUAAUGUACGCAGUGUGUGUCUGUGUGCGUGUGUGUACAUAGGCAGUAGUAGUUUGUUAACACAGACACUGCGUAAACAAUGCUUUUGUGGGUUUUAUUGAAUUCCAGUCAGAGGGUUCACCAUGUCUCUGUUUGAAGCUGUGAAGAGUCUGACUCAGUAGAAAUGUAAAACUGUCUUACAGCCAUCUGUGUGUUCCUCUGAAUUGUCUGUCUCUGUACUGAAACAUGGUGGACUAUUAAAUAGAACAGGUCUAG